AUGCAGCUCCCAAAGCUUCCAGCGAAAGCCGCAUACAUCCAUCUUCGAAACCCAGCAAGGCGCAAUGCCCUGAGUCUGGAGAUACUAGAAGAUCUCCGCACGCAGCUACUCGCGCACCUCACGUCACCAUCAUCCGGCAGAGUUUUGACGCUCCCUCCCUUUAGACCCCCAAUCUUGCGAGAGCUCGAGAAGGCAGGCUCAUCGUCUGACUCGGGCGACAGGAGCUCGUCAGGAUACAGCUGGCUCGUCGAUGCCGCAGAAUGGAACCGAGAGCGAGCCGGGCUCCCGAACGUCCUCGUCCUCCGAAGCAGUCCGGGGCCAGUCUUUUCGUCGGGUCAUGACCUCAAACAACUGGCCUCGCUCUCGCGUGUGGAGGUGAAGCGCACGUUUACUCUCUGCGCCGAAGUCAUGUCUCUCAUUCGCCAGAGCCCGGCACCCGUCAUCUGUCCCAUCCAUGGCCUCGCGACGGCUGCCGGACUCCAGCUCGCGUUGUCGACCGAUUACCCAAUCGCCCUGUCUACCACCAAGUUCCAGCUGCCCGGCGCGAGCAUAGGAAUACCGUGCACGAGCCCCGUGACGGCCGUAUCCCGGCGCCUACCACCAGGCCAAGCUUACCGACUUCUUCUCACAGCCGAAGCGGUCGCCGCUGACGACAUGCGAGGUGCUGUCGAUGUGGUGCCGACGCCCGAGCAUGCAGAGUCCACGGACACGGCGGCUGCCGCCUUCGAAGGGCGCGUUGCGGAGGUGGUGGAGAGACUUGCGGGGUCAGGGGGUCAGCCGAUGGCCCUCGGUAAAUGGGCCUUUUGGACACAGCUCGGUAUCAAAGGUGACGAUGUUGACGGAAGAGGAGGUGAUGGUUAUGAGGAUGCGGCGAGUUGGGCCGGACGAGUCAUGGCGCUUCAUGCGGGAAGUGCUGAUGCCCAAGAAGGAAUCGCAUCCUUUAUUGAGAAAAGCAAGCCGCAAUGGCAGACUUGA